GCGGGUGAUGUGCACCAGCGGAGAGACUGAAUCUUCACAUCCUGGUGGAAACAGAAACAGCUCCAGACGGAGGCAGCUCUGCAGGGAUCAUUUCCUUUUGGCUUCGUUUCUGUGCCUCCGGAGAGCUUGAGGUGAACUUUGAGCUGUCUCCCUCCCGAGUGGCUGGAAACGCGGGCAUCAUGUUUCAUUAGAGACUCAGUGUAAAUAUUGCAUUAGAUAAACUUUAUUUCACUUUGCGGUGAGCCUUUCUGUGAUCGCUCCUCACAUGAGAGGCUCGGCCAGGCGCGCGUCUCCAAACGCGGGCGCACGGAGGAGUGAGGAGCCGCUUCUCUCUCUCACCCGAUCUGUCGUGUGCUAACUGUCGCCUCGGUGUUCACGACCGGAAAUUUGAUCAUUGCAAAUUGAAUCUCUUCCCCCUUCAAGACAGCGAUUAAUCAACCGAGACAAACAGAUCAAGCUUUGCGCGCAAGGAAGUUUUUUUUAUUUAUUUUGCGCUCCUGGCUGAAUUGUAACUCUGCAGUGGGUUGAUGCGCAUGCAGCUGGCAUAGGCGCAAUAUUAAUUCUGUAUUUCUGUGGGGAAAUCGGUUCUACUAAGAGGCAGAGCGUCGUUUUUAAUUGAAAGGCACCGAUCCGUGUUUCGACGCACACACGCCCGGGACUGUUUGAAAUGGACUUGGAAGACCUGCAGUGGAGGAUGCGAGGGAGCUAACACUUGGACACAACACAGAGACGGAACAACAGCACCUGAGUAUCUGUGAAGACUCCUGGAGACCUCCAGCCAGCAUGGCCUCGCUUGUGGACAGCAGCUGCUCCAUGGAGCUGAGAAGCUGGAACAGCAGCGCGAUCAGCUCCGGAGCCUCGGUGCCAUGCAACCAGAGCACCCUGAGAAACCCCCCCUACUCCCCCGAAGCCACGGCGGUCUUUGCCACCGCCAUCACCUGCAUGGUCCUCUUCACCAUCGUGGGCAACAUCAUGGUCAUCAUCGCUGUCCUGACCAGCCGGGCGCUCCGGGGUCCGCAGAACCUGUUCCUAGUGUCCCUGGCCGCUGCGGACAUUCUAGUGGCCACGCUCAUCAUCCCCUUCUCCCUGGCUAAUGAACUUCUGGGCUACUGGUACUUUAAGUCUCUGUGGUGUGAGAUCUACUUGGCGCUGGACGUGCUCUUCUGCACCUCCUCCAUUGUGCACCUGUGCGCCAUCUCCUUGGACCGCUACCUCUCCAUCUCCAGGGUCACGUAUGGGCGGCAGAGGACUCCCAGACGCAUCAAAGCCGCUAUUGUGGUGGUUUGGCUGAUCUCUGCCAUCAUCUCCUUCCCCCCCCUGCUCUCACUGAACAAGAGCGAGCCAGGGGAGGGCGAGGCCGACCGAGGCCCCCAGUGCCAGCUGAACAAUGAACGCUGGUACAUCCUUUACUCCACCAUUGGCUCCUUCUUUGCCCCGUGCGUCAUCAUGAUCCUGGUCUACGUCAGAAUCUACCAGAUAGCCAAGCAGAGAACCCGAUGCCCACCGGGAGAGCCCAGGAAGGAUGGCGCUGGCAGUGCCACGCCAAGUCAUCCUCAACGCCACGCACAGGCCAAUGGGAAAAAUGAUGAAGAAAGCACCCCCCCUUCAUCCAACAAAGCCUCCAAUGCCAGACCCCCCACCCUUGCCAUUUCCCCUGUCUCAACCCAAGGAGAGUCUCCAACCUCCCAGGAUCCCACACCCAAUAAUCUCCUGCAACCUCCGCCCCCUUCUACAGCCAUGACCCCUGUCACAUCCUCCCUUGAUACCUCUCCCCACGGCCCCUCACCCCCAUCCCCUGUGCCUCAGUCUGCCCCUGCCAAGACUAAAGAGAAGAAGAAGAAGGGCAAGCUGUGGGGAGGGAAAAAAGCUGAAAAUAACAAUGGCGACAGCUCAAGCACAGACAGUGAUAUGGAGCACAGCCACGGAGGAGGUCGAGGCAGCCCCAGCAUGCCAGGAUCCCCUGCUGGGGGGGGCAUCCACUCCCCGGCCUCAGUCAAGCGGUACCGGGACAUGAUUGCCACUUCUAAGGGGGCUCGGCUGGUGCCAGGCAGGAAGUCAAAAACAGACAACAACCCUGGGGCCGCGAGGCGUAAAGCGAUGGUGAACAGAGAGAAACGCUUCACCUUCGUCCUGGCGGUGGUCAUCGGUGUCUUCGUGGUGUGCUGGUUCCCAUUCUUCUUCUCCUACUCUCUAACGGCUGUGUGCCCGGACACCUGUACCAUCCCAGAUCCUCUCUUUGUGUUUUUCUUCUGGAUUGGUUACUGCAACUCGUGCCUCAACCCCGUCAUAUACACCAUCUUCAACAAAGAGUUCAGACAGGCCUUCAAAAAGAUACUGUGCAGUGGCACCAAGGGGACUUUCUUUUAGCAUAGAAAUCCACUGUAUUGGAUAUGGACAUAAAACAAAUUAUAAAUCUGAGGCACAGAAAAAACAAAACAAUCAUUUCCAUCUCCAGGAACACUGAAAGGGCUGUUUCAAAAAUAUGUUGAACUAUGGAAAUUCGCAAUCUUUUACCACAGUGAGCGCAAGCAGGCAACGUGGACAGUGAGAUCCCGACUCUUAUACGCACAUCAUUUUGUACAGGGUGUGGCUGAAAGAUUUGCUGUGGGACAGAGGUAGACAAUGAUAAACUGCUUCCAAUUCAGUGAUGCUGAUAAGAUUUUAAAUGCAGAGCUUUAUCUCUAUUAUCUCACUGAAUAACGCAUAGUACCAGGAGAGACAGCAGAAUAAAUAUAUGAGGAAGAAAUACCCAUAUGAAAGCAAACAGACUCGAUAUCUUGGAGAAAGAAGGACAACUCUUGAGAAUUAACUCUAGAAUAAGAAUAUAGGAUGUUUAAUAUAUAAUAUAUAUAGUUUUUUUUGUUAUAAAGGACUGUAAAACUUCUGGGGGAAAGAAAACUGGUGAAAAGAAGGAGAAGUGACCUUAGAUUCCAAGGAGCCUAGGGCCCUUUCUCUAUCAAUACAGAGCACAAGGCUCACACACGGUUAGUGAUGAUUUCUUACAUCUGCAGUCUUAAUUUGCCCGGCUGCGGGGCAAACAUGUGUUCCUUGAUUUUAUCUACAAGCGCAACAACAAGCAAAGGGUUUCUGAUGAUCUCAAAGGUAAUAGCACACAGACAAGGGCCGCCUUUCUCUCUGAAGAAAAGCCUUUUUGUCAGACACCUUGCUCUCGGCUCAGCUGGGGUCGUAGAAGACACUCAGGUUGUUUGUAUUAACACUCUUGGCUUUCGCUUAUCACGGAAUGCGCAGUGGGCUGAAGUGCGAGGGGGAUUUUUGGACACAUUGAGAUGUGGGAGCAUGAGACAGUGUGACCCAUCCCUCCUCCGAUCCUGUUGGCUUGCUGUUAUCCUGCGUUUUGACUCAACCCCGACAAUCCCACCGGCCUGAACGUCCCUUGUAAGGAGCUGCCUCAGUAUCUGGACAUUUAAGUCGCAUAUAAAAAUGUUGAGCCUCUUGAAAAUGCCUCACAGUUUCUUAUGUGAGCUGCAUCUGCUGAAGACUGAAAAAAAAAAAAAAAAAAAAAAAAAAAGAUUCUUA